AAAGAAGAGAUUAGUGAAAAGGAUAGAAAAGUUAAAGGGCUAAGUGUCAAUUUGUUAGACCAUCAAGUCCAUGGGUUAAAGUUUUUGCGAAAACGAGAGCGUGACAAAGUUAUUCAUAAAGGUGGUAUGUUAUGUGACGAUAUGGGGUUGGGUAAAACUGUUCAAACAAUCGCACUCAUAGUGAAGAAUAGACCAAAUGAAGAGGACUUGAAAAGCAAUGAAGAUCUAGAGGAUGAAGAAAUUCAACCAUUGAAUAAAAAAGUGCCAUUAAGAAAGUUCAGAGGUACUUUAGUCAUUUGUCCAGUUAGUUUGACGACACAAUGGUUUCAGGAGAUUAAAAGAUUUGCUCCUCACCUCAAGCCUUUCUUGUUCCAUGGCCCUAAAAGGCCGUCAAACUAUAAAGAUUUAUUAGAAUAUGAUGUUGUUAUUUCUUCAUAUGACACAAUCAGGUCUGAAUAUCUAAAAGAUAAGUCACCAAUUUAUGAAGGAUACUGGCACAGAGUUGUUUUGGACGAAGCUCAUACUAUCAAAAACAAAAAGUCAAAGACUGCUAUUGCAACUUAUAACGUUGAAAGUUUGAGAAGAUGGUGUUUGACAGGUACACCAAUUCAAAAUUCUAUUGAUGAAUUGCAAUCUUUGUUUAUGUUUAUGAGAGUUUCAAAAUAUUCUGAUAAUCAUCUAUGGUCUACAGUUAUUUCAAAACUUUUAAAGUCUAAGAAAUCGGACAAGGCAUUCGUAUUGUUGAAAAAAGAGCUACAAGAAUUCAUGUUAAGAAGAACGAAAUCUAUUUUACAAUCAACGAAUUUCAAGCUUCCAGCAAAGAAUAUUCAUAGAUGCGAAAUUGAAUUCACUGAAAUGGAAGAUGAGCUAUACAAUAACUUGAAAAAUCAUUUUGUUAGAAGUUUAGAGGACCAAUUUGAUAAUAUCAGUGCUGGUGGUUUAUCAAAGCCUUCCAACGAACCUGGUGUUUUAUUCCAAAGGCUAUCACCAUCCAAACUGGGUGGAAGUAGAACAAAUGAUAAAACAUUCUACAUGUGUGCAUUGGUUUAUUUAUUAAGAUUGCGUCAAGUUUGUUGUCAUUGGAAAUUAUUGAGUGACUUGACUGAUGAUGAUUUGGAAGAUUUAAAUAUGUCAUCUGCUGUUGUUCGACCAAAUCAAGCUAACGUAUCACCAUCCAAAAGAGACAUGGACCUGGCUGCCGAAUUGGAUGACAUUACGAACUUUAUGACUUCAUUGACAGUUAAGGACACAAAAUGUGAAAUUUGCUUCAAAGAAAAAGUUCAAGAAGAUCAAAAAGUUUGUAAGAAAUGUCAAGACAAAAUUGAUCAAAACCAAAAAUAUGAAGGUUCCAAAGUUUUGAAAUUGAUUGAGAUUUUGAAGAAAGAUCCCAAGAGAAAAACAAUUGUCUUUUCUCAAUUCAGAGAAUUAUUGAUGCUUGUGGGACCAAUUUUAUCUUCUCAUGGUAUAAAAUAUGUGAAUUAUGAUGGUAAAAUGAACUUGAAACAGAAAGAUAAAGCUUUAGAUACAUUGAGAAAUGAUCCAGAAACUACGGUUCUUUUAUGUUCAUUAAAAUCUGGUGCGUUAGGUUUGAACUUAACAGUCGCUUCACAAGUUGUGAUCUUUGAUCCAUGGUGGAAUCCACAAAUUCAAGAACAAGCCGUUGAUAGAGUUUACAGAAUUGGUCAAACAAGAGAGGUUGAUAUCUAUGAAUUUGCAAUCAAAGAUUCUGUUGAAAUUGAGAUUUUGAAGUUACAAGAUCAAAAGAGAAAUUUAGCCAAGGCAAUUACUGAUAAUGAUAAUGUUGCAAAGAAUAAAUUGUUUGAAAAAUUAUCAGAAGGAGAUCUUAUCAAAUUAUUUGGUAUCAAA